AUGUCGGAAUACUGGAAGUCCACGCCAAAAUACUGGUGCAAACAUUGUACCGCCUUCGUCAAAGACACACCCUUCGAGCGAAAACAGCAUGAGAGCACGGCAAAGCACCAGAAUAACCUCAAACGAUUUCUUCGCGACAUCCAGAACAGCCAUGAAAGAGGCGAACGAGACAAAGAACGAGCCAAGUCAGAGGUUGAACGACUGAGCAAGGUCGCAGGAAGUGAUCAUGACACGCAGCGACAAUCCAGCGCGGAUCCAUCGCCGAAGCCUGCGAGUGCUACUGCUGUGCGCAAGUCUACUGCAGGUCCCAUGACCGUUGCCGACCAGAAGAGACAAUGGGCCCAGUUGGCGGAAAUGGGCAUUGCAGUACCUGAACAGUUUCGAGGAGAAAUGGCUAUGGCGGGCGAUUGGAAUGUCGUGUCACGACAUGUGGCCAACGAGCCGCCACCGGAACCAUCUCUAAGCAUUGGAGUCAAGAAGCGCAAAUUCGAAGGCCAGGAAGAAGAGGAAGAAGCUGGCGAAGUAGUGGCCAGACGUGGAUGGGGGGCCAGCACAAAACGAUAUCCUGGUCAAGACACAACGGACCUGGAUGACCUCUUGGCCGGGCGAAUUUCGUUGAAGAAAGAAAAGCCUGAUCCCUCGUCAACUGGCCAGGUCAAGAAAGAGGAAGAUACUGCGCUGAAGCAGGAGAGCGACCAAGCGGACGACGGGGAUGAUGCUCACAGAUCAUUACCACCACCGGUCAAAGACGAAGUAUCUGAUGAAGGCCCUCUGAAAGCCGAGGGUCCCUUGCUUAAACUUGAGACUGACGAUCACGACCGAGGUCCAACGACAUUGGACAAGAUUCCAGAAGAAGCGCCCAUACCUGUUUUCAAGAAGAAACGUAAGGCUAAAGCAUCCUGA